CAAGAAUCUCUCUCAUCAAGCUCAUUCCUGUAUCCCUCUACUCUCUUACUCGUCAAGAGAUCAUAUAGAGAGCAAGAGAGAUCGUCUGUUAGGUCUUCAGCUGCAUACACUACCCAUGCUUCAUCUGCCCUAGAUAAAAGAUAAAACUUCCCCUUAGAUCCAAAAAAACUUCCCCCAAAACAUUUCCCAGAUCUUGUUCUACACAGAUCGAUCAACCCAUUUAGUCCCAUGUACAUGGACCUGAGCUUGGGCACAACGGUAGAAGACACUCAAGAAGUGCAAGAAGAGGAGCAAGAAGACGACUUGUACCAGCAACAAGUUCUAAUAGGUCAAGAUCUCCAGCAUGGCGGCGGCGAGCCAAGCCACGUGAUGGCGCGGGAGCACAUGUUCGACAAGGUGCUGACCCCGAGCGACGUCGGCAAGCUCAACCGGCUGGUGGUGCCGAAGCAGCACGCGGAGCGGUUCUUCCCGGCGGCCGGCGCCGGGACGCAGCUGUGCUUCGAGGACCGCGGCGGCGUGCCGUGGCGGUUCCGGUACUCCUACUGGGGGAGCAGCCAGAGCUAUGUCAUGACCAAGGGGUGGAGCCGCUUCGUCCGCGCCGCGCGGCUCGCCGCGGGGGACACCGUCUCAUUCUCCCGCGCCGCCGCCGCCGCCGGCCGAUACUUCAUCGACUACCGCCACUGUCAGCACCGCAGCCGCGAUAUCAGCUUCGGCGAUGCUGCCGCUGCGCCGGCGUGGCCCAUGGCCGUCGGAGUGCAAAGAACCGCGGCCUGGGGUAAGGGUGCAACGAUGGCCGUCCCCGCCGGUGAUGGCGUCGAGGCGGGACCCACAGGAGGAGCGAGGAGCUUCAGGCUCUUCGGGUUCAAUGUCGAGUGCAGCGGCGACGACGCCGCAGCGGCAUCGGCGUCCGCCGAAGUGGAGUAUGUCGACGGUGACAGCUAGGAACGGUGUAGAGAGGGAGAGAUAUGGCGAUUUGGAAAGCUUACACUACCAUAGGUAUAUCGAGCUAGCAAAUCCUACCUAUCCACAGUGGUUCCUUCAAUCUUCACUAGUCGUAU